GAGUUGGAGUGCGCAGAGUCCGUUAAAACUCCCCACGGAGCAGUUUUCCGUCGCACCACAUUGACCAGUGCUCCCGCAAAAAGGUUUCGUUCGUUGGUGCGACACGUUCCCACCGCGAGGACAUGUACUUAUGAUUUCACCGGUGCUGAGAUUAACUGCUCUUCACUGUGUGCUCUUUCAUUUACUCACAGAAGUCCAUAGUAGUGCAGACGAAUAUCGACUUUUAGCAGAUCUACGACACAACUACGAUCCAUAUGAAAGACCUGUGGCGAAUGCAUCAGAACCUUUAGUUGUUUCUGUGAAAAUUUAUUUACAACAAAUUUUAGAUGUUGACGAGAAAAAUCAAGUUAUAACUUUAGUCGCUUGGAUUGAGUACCAAUGGACAGAUUACAAAUUGAAGUGGGAUCCCAGUGAGUAUGGCGGGAUAAAAGACAUUCGAAUACCUGGAAAUGCAAAUGCUAUUUGGAAACCUGAUGUGUUACUGUAUAAUAGUGCUGACGAAAAUUUCGACUCAACAUAUCCGGUGAACUACGUUGUGAGCUACACGGGCGAUGUGCUCCAGGUGCCCCCGGGAAUACUCAAGCUGUCUUGCAAAAUUGAUAUCACCUAUUUUCCAUUCGACGACCAAAUAUGUCAUCUGAAGUUUGGCUCCUGGACAUAUAGUGGAAACUUCAUCGACUUGAGAAUCAAUGGUCCCGAGGGGAAAAACAUAUCUGAUGAAGGAAUUGAUGUGCAGUAUUAUGUGCAGAAUGGUGAAUGGAAUUUGUUAGCUGUUCCAGCCCGCCAUGAAACAAACAUUUUCGACGAACAACCAUAUCCAUCUCUCUUUUUCUAUCUUAUCAUCCAGAGAAGAACGUUGUACUACGGCUUAAACCUCAUCAUCCCAUCCUUCCUCAUAUCACUUAUGACAGUUUUAGGCUUUACACUACCUCCGGAUGCUGGUGAAAAAAUUACGUUAGAAAUCACGAUUCUCCUUUCGGUCUGUUUCUUCUUGAGUAUGGUAGCAGACAUGACACCGCCAACAUCAGAAGCUGUACCACUAAUUGGAGCAUUUUUCUCAUGCUGUAUGUUGGUAGUGUCAGCUUCCGUAGUAUUCACAGUUCUAGUCCUCAACCUCCAUAAUCGUAAGCCAGAAACUCAUGAAAUGAGCCCAUUUCUCCGCGAGCUUCUUCUCAUUUGGCUUCCAUGGUUACUGUUGAUGAGACGACCUGGAAAAACAAUUUUCAAUUGUACACACCUUAAAGCAGAGAAAGCUGAAGAGAAAGCAAAACAGGGCUCUAUUAAGAAUGGUGUUGGGCCUGGAAAACCGACAGAUUCGGUGCAUCCAUCUGAAGGGCUUUCAUUGAUGAAGAAUAUCAAGCUGGGGAGACAGCAGACUAUAGAUUUUGAAUAUGAAUUCCAUGUUCAACAUAAUCACUUGAUGCCAGUCGCUCCUUCGGAAAUGACUCCAAGAGUCACCUACUCAAAAGUUAUGGCAGAAUCAUAUGUGGAAGACGUUGUCAUGACGGAAUUGAACAAGUAUAUGCAGAAGGCGUGUUUGGAGCUUAAGAACAUUUCUUCGCAGACCAGAGCAAUGAGAAAGAAAAUGGAAGAAGAUGAAAGGGAUGAGCAAGCCGCGAACGACUGGAAGUUUGCUGCGAUGGUUGUUGAUCGGUGCUGCCUUAUUACAUUUUCAGUGUUCAUUGUAGUUAGCACCUGCGGAAUCAUGUUCAGUUCUCCACAUCUAAUUGCUUAGUUCUUCUUUUGUUGGUUCUAUGAAAGAAACCAAACAAUUUUCCAUAAUUUAAACUUGGAAAAAGUAACCUUGAUCACACGUAAUUGUCAAUUUUUCCAGCAGGGUGUUUAUGCAAUUUUUCUUAUUUUUUUCAGUUUUUCAAGUUUUCGGGUAAGUUCCCGCAAGUCUUCAUAUUGAAUUUUUUUCAAAUAAACAGACAAAUAAAUUAA